GUUCAAUCAACCCUUGGUUGAAGGCGACUCUCACCAGGGAGCUGCAGUCCCGCCGGUAAAGGCUGACCGGUUAAGUGUGAGUAAUCAACAGGUACCAUGAGGCACGCAUUGAUCAAAGAGGAACGUAUAUUCAAUGUCAUGUUACAGCAUUUGUUAGUUAAAAAUGGGUUCAAUGUGUCCCUCAAACGGUUGGAGGAGCUUAUACAUUUUCUUAUUAAGCAAGGUGCGGAGGAGCCGUACCAAGACUUUAUUUCAAGGCUGGAAGAAGCCAUUAACAGAAUGCUCCCCCCGUCUGAGGGCACAUCACUGUUGCUCAAACAGUUAGAAGCAUGCAUGGAUGCCUCACCAGCAAUCGUACAGGGAAUGGCGUUUGCUGCAGCAAUGCAAGGUCAGAAAUUCAGCGCCUAUGUUAAAAAUACCUUCAAUAAAGAAGGUAAGGGGCCAACAGCUCCUACCAACACUUGCUACAAUUGUGGCAAGCCAGGACGCAUGCAGAAGGACUGUAAACAGUCCCAUGCCAAUAAGCCGAGGGGGGACCCACCCGGCUUAUGCCCUCGCUGUAAGAAGGGCAGACACUGGAAAAAUGAAUGUAAAUCAAAAUUUCAUAAGGAUGGAACCCCCUUGAAUAACAAGGGUGACACUGAUCCUGAGGAUCAGGACGUACGGAGAUCAAAAAACUAGUAAAAGGGGCAUUCUCCCAGCCCAGGCCCCAAGGGAGAGCAGGCUGUAGCUUGUAAAACACAGCCCUCAUCUACUUUAAAUCCUCAAGCCCCUGAAUUUACUAUUCAUGACCUUUCACGGGGCACGCCUGAGAGUGCAGGUUUAAAUUUAGCAAGUGAAAGGAAUGUCUUAUUAUCCAAAUGGGACGGUGUUACUUUAAUCCCCACUGCAGUAAAAGGGCAACUCUUGCCGGGGACAGUUGAAAUUAUAAUUGGUAAAAGUUCAAAUUAUACUAAAAACUUUGAAGUUAUUCCAGGAGUAGUUAACUCAGAUUCAGAAAAGACAACGCAGAAGAAGACGCCAGCGGCUGCUGCAAGAUCUCACCCGCCGCUUAGAGAAAA